UAUGAUAUGUGUAAUAAUGAUUAGAUUAAAUCGACCAGGUACUUCGUAAACAACAGGCACAGGCCUCUCUGAGAAAAAAACAACGCAGGCUAUAAAAAGCUCUUGCCAGUUUGGCUGCGUGGGCUGUUUAACUCUUGCAGAAUUGUUGUUAAUCAUUUUAUAUUUGAGUAUUUACAAAGGCAAAAGCAAAGUGUUGUUAGGUUUUACCAGACAAAUAUGGCCUUUUUGGGAAUGCCUACUUUAUAUGUUGUGACUUUUUCCCCUAUAUGACAGCAUGAUGUAACGUUUCUCACUUUCAUUAUUUAUAGCAUUAAUCAUGCUAUAUAUUGUUCCUUUCGUGCGAACACAUUUCCUAUUUCAUUGCAAGUUUAGCGGCUAAUACAAUAGUUUGUUAACAUGUGCUAUAUAAGGAAACAGAUACCUCCUAAACUAAACGCCAUUAGAUAAAGACAUAAACGUGUAAGACAUCUUUCUCUUUAUUCACUAACACCCUGAUAUUUAGCGGUAAGUAGUGCAAACAUUUGGAAGCUAAACUGCGUGGAUUAAAUGAGAACAUUGAUUUGAAAAACUGCAUGGGUGCAAGAAGGCAGGGUUUGUGUGAGUGCAGGCUAUAGCCUGCGUCUCCAAGAAGGCCCUGCCUGUCAGACAAGCAAUUUUUUGGCAUCGGGUGCAGCACGAUUGGAAUGCCAUAUAUGAAAGUUGAAUUAAGUUGCUUUUAUCAUUGUCUAGACAAAUUGAAAUGUUUAAAACUAAGUUUUCUUUCAUUCAAAAGUCAUAUUAAUAUUAUAGUUUUAGGUAAUAGACAUGGCUGUUGUAAAAGAAUCAUUUAACCCUUUUCCUGAUUAUCAUAAACACUUUUAUUUGUGCAAUGUUUUUCAAAGGGGCAUAUCAAUUCAAGAAUGAGUUAGGAGAAAAGCAGGACUAAUUUUGCUUUAAGUGCUUUUUAAGAAGGCAAUAAAACCAGCUUGUGUGCUGUACAAUAUAAUAAAAUAUAACUGGGAAUUAAAGUAGAAUUGUACUAGGAAAAAAUAUCAAAUUUUAAGAGAACAUAUUGAACAAUCACUGCCCGGUAUUUGCUCAUGACAGUUAAUAAAUGUUGUCUAUAGAAUAAUAAAAAUCUGAAAACUUGCCCUCCAAUCACAAUCUGUGAAAUGUUUAACACAAGCUACAAUUGAAGUCAAGACAUAGAUUAAGGGACAAUUUUUUAUCUACCUGGUCAUGCCUUUAUGAAGAACGUUUUUGCAAACAUGACCCAUAAUGCCCUGGGCCAACCCCAAGCAAGAAACUUCUAGGUGCACUGACUGACUGUACCCGUCAUAACUGCAGGUUUCAUUUUUAUUUCAAAAUAAGUGAAGCCUUAAACUCAUUUCCAUAAAAGAGCCAGCUGUAACACUCAAGACAAAGUGAUUUCUUAACUUUCAAAGCAAGUAUUUUUAGCUUUUGUGAUGAGAUGUUGGUACACUUAAGUUAAAAUGUACAAAUAGUGCUGAAAUUGUAUUUGCUCUUAACUUGCAAAUAUUUUCGUAGCCCGUAUUAUUCUUAGUUAUCUCUUGUCAGUUUAUGUAAAAUGAAUUUGGAUGUCUUCCAAAUAAUUUGCAUUUGUCAAUUUUGAGGGCAUAAAAGUAAUUAGUGUCAACCCUGUACGAGGAAGUAUUAUUUGGGGUUACGUUUAGUUGGCAGUCUAUUGCAUUGCUUGCUUGCUUGUAAAAAAUAUAAACUGUCAGUAGAUAAAUCUCUUUUCUUCGUUUAACCGAGACAAGGAAUUUGAUACUGCAAAUUUGAAAAAUACGCACUUCGCAGAACGUAUUGAAACACGAAAUAUGUUUGACGGCAAAGGAACUGGCUUUGGUUUGGGCCUUUCGUGCAGUUACUUCAUCUUGUUCUGCCUACUCGCAUAUACAGUGUAUCUGCACGAAAGAGUGUCUCAUUUUGAGACAAAGAUUGCCAUGAUGGAGAAACCACGAGAUUCAGAGUUUAAAGACGACCUUGCCCGAAUUUGGCUCCAAUUGCAUGCAGAGAUUUCACGAAAAUGCGCAUUCAGAAUGAAAAUGAUGGAUCAAGUUGUUCAAUCUCGAGCGAAACGAGAAGCUCCGAAUCUCGCUUCUAAUGGAGAUCUUGGAGGUUGUCAAAAUGCGACACUUGUUUGUCAGAAAGGGGAAAAAGGUGCAGCAGGGGAACCUGGACCACAAGGGAUGAAGGGAAACGUCGGGGCAAAAGGUGAUCUGGGAAUUAUUGGACCUAGUGGUGUCAGAGGCCCUCCUGGCCUUCAAGGGACUAAAGGAGAUCGAGGCUGGAGAGGUAACCCAGGUCCUCAAGGGACUAGAGGAGAUCGAGGCUGGAGAGGUAACCCAGGUCCUCAAGGGACAAAAGGUGAUCGAGGCUGGAGAGGUAACCCUGGUGCUCAAGGGACAAAGGGGGGUUUUGGGACAAAGGGUGAGAGAGGAGCCAGUGGGUCUGUUGGACCCACUGGACCCGAGGGGCAAAAGGGCCAAAAAGGCGAUCGUGGAGAGCCCGGAAAAUCACCAGAGGUACCUUUAAUUGUUACUAUGUUUCCAAAAGUUACCAGAAAAAUGGAAAUGACAAAUCUUACAUUAAACUGCACGGCAACAGGCUUUCCAGAGCCAAAAAUAAUAUGGCAGUUUGAGAGACAAAAGGAGCGUACUAGAUACACACUUCCAACUAGCAAUAUCCUGCAAAUAAUCUUCCUCAAAGAUGAGGAUAGUGGGAAUAUUAGAUGUAUGGCUAAUAACAGCUUAGGAACUGCAAUCGCUAGUACAAGGUUGACUGUACAAACAAAACCGAAGGUUGCAUUGCUAGGGAACUUUUCUCGUUAUGUAGGGACGCCUGCUGAGAUAGACUGCAAUGUUACCGGUAUCCCAACACCAACAAUUACGUGGACAAAACGUUUUGGCCAAAUGCUGGGGCAACAAAGCUUGUCAGCAGACGGAACAAGACUGACAUUGAGGAUAGGACGACCAACUACGAAAGAUUCAGGGGAAUACAUUUGCGAGGCCAGAAAUAGUGUAGGUGUCACCGAGAAGUCGAUUGCUGUUUCAUUUUACGAUUAUGCAACGGAUUGCUCUGAAUUAAGACAACUAGGUCAUACUGCCACUGGGAUAUACACAAUAAAACCAGAUUCAGGGAGCCCCUUUCCAGUGUUUUGUGACAUGACGAAAAGUGGAGGUGGUUGGACAGUGAUCCAGCGACGUACAGAUGGGUCUGUGGAUUUCUACAGAGGCUGGAAUGAUUACAAGAAUGGAUUCGGUGUUUUGGAUAACGAAUUGUGGUUAGGAAAUGACAAGAUUCACCGUCUGACGCAACGAACAAGUAUGAAGAUAAGAUUUGAUUUGGAAGCUAAAGAUGGCGAUAAGGCGUUUGCAGAAUACAGUAGCUUUCGGAUUGAAGGAGAGCAAAACCAGUACAAGCUCCAUGUUAGUGGCUACUCUGGAACAGCCGGUGACUCUUUCACGUACCAUGACAAAAUGAUGUUUUCAACAUUCGAUAGAAAUAGUUAUAGUUGUGCACAAACCUACCGCGGCGCAUGGUGGUAUUAUUCGUGUCACAAUGCGAAUUUAAAUGGCAGAUAUUUGAAUGGGCCUCAUUCUUCGUACGCUGAUGGUAUCAAUUGGUAUUUGUUUAAAGGACAUCACGAUUCAUUGGUCAAAACAACAAUGAAGAUCAAAGUCAAUUUCUAAUGACAGUGAAGGAACAACAGUAACUUUUUCAUAUCCUUUGUUCACAAAUAUUAUACUUUUUUAUUUUCCUUAAAUAUACUCGUAGCAAAGACCUCUCGCAAUUUUCUUUCUUUUGGAUUUCUCCAAAGAGAAGUUGUGCUUGUGACAUUAUAACUCUGUCAAUCACACCCACUGAUCAAAACAAUCCCAGUCAACUUUGUAUUCUUUCCAAUUUGCUUAUUUCGCUCUAUCUGAGGGUAAAGGUUUCAGUUCGAUUUUGAGGGACGUGUAAUUCGAAAAAGCCAACGUUGAAUUCUGUACUCAAGCUUUCUAGUUAGGUGCCAAUAACAACAAACAAACAUUUUGCGCCAGUCUGAUGUCCCUGCAGUACACAGCUAAGCAGAUAUGGCCUUAUUCUAAUUCCGCUGUUCAAAAAACAUUCUAGGAUUAGUAAACCCGUGUCGAGGAAUCUUCAAAUUGGCUUGCUCAUACUUCCCUAACGUAUUAUUAUCAAAUUGCUCUAGAAAAUUGCUCACCAAGAUCAUUUGCUCACUUGUUGCUGAUAACAUAUAAGUCAACAUUACCUGAUACUAGAACAAAGGCUUUCUUUGGGCCUAGAUAUCUUCAGUAAUGAUCCAAUCAAUAAAGGUGAUAUCAUUUAGACGGUUAUUGAUUGGCCAAUAAUUGAUUGACUUAAUUUGGCUUAAGCCAUUAAAGUACCAAUCGAUUACCUUAAAAGAGUGUGACUUUAGCUGUCAAUCAACAAGGGAAAGAGUCACAGUUUUUCUUUUUGAGUGUUCUUGAAAAGAAUAUUAUUCUUUUGAAUCGAGGGGUUUCUGUAAGGUUGUUGAAAGUGUAAUCUUCUUUUCUGGAACACUCAAUACAAAAUUAACCGAAAAUCCAUGUAUAGCAUUUUAGAAUGAAAAGAAAAUUCGUAUUUAGGGAAAUAUAAAAACAUGUUAAAUCAAAGCCUUAAAUUCCGAGAAAAUUAUAAAUGGGAAAGAAAUUCAGAGAAAUUAUUAGGGAGAUGAAUUGAAGAAAUUUUGAAGAAAUAUGUUUUAAAGCACUUUUUUGAAACCUAAGAUAGU